GAAUCUCCCAGUCUGAACCGGUUUCAACCGGUUACGUGAGUUAGUCGCUUCAAACGAGGAGAAGAGGCGCAGGAAUACAAUCUCUCAAACCGCCCCGCUGCAACAAACAAAAAAAAAAAACAACAACCAACAUUAUAGUUAAAGAAUUAAAUUGUAAAUUAAGGUUUAUUUUUAUUUCGUAAAAUGAAUCGGAGUAUAUUAUUGAGCGUACCGUGAUAAUAGUUGCGGAAUCCACAUCUGUGAUCCUUAUUAACUAGCCAUCAAUAUACACCUUCUGGAUUUGGAGCCAGCUAACGUGUCAGAGAUAACAGUUAUCCAGUCUAUUUCUGACUAAACAACGAUAUUGUAUAUAACCUUGUAGCAAGCUUCCCUGUGGGGGAAAAAAGCCAAUCUUCUUUCAGUCAAAGGCUUGGACUUUUGAGCUCCAUGCCAGCAGUUAUGACAGUGUUAGCAGACCAUGCAGCGCAGCAGCUGCUAGACUUCAGCCAGAAACUAGACAUCAACCUGUUGGACAACGUGGUCAACUGUCUAUACCACGGGGUCGGAACACAGCAAAGGCUGGCUCAGGAGGUUCUGACCCAGCUGAAAGAGCACCCGGAUGCUUGGACCAGAGUGGACACCAUACUGGAGUUCUCCCAGAGCAUGAACACCAAAUACUACAAGCCGGUGACCUCUAUUCCCUCCUUGCACUCGCACACAGCUCAUAGCUCUACAUACUGAAAACCUACGCACACGUCCAAAUCAACAUGGCAACCCAAUGAUAGGUAGGACUUUCUAGUUUAUUUGGCAAAACAAGCACACACACUAAGGUGGACAAAGGGAGGCUUCUCCUGUCCAGUAUUUGUUUAACCAUCAAAGAGGCUCUUGUAUAGAUCUCUGUAUUUUCUAUAAGUGUUCAAAAUGAAAUGUCAUUUGAAGUUUUCCUCAAAGUGAUGGUAUUGUUUGCCUUUUGCUUUUCUGUUGUUGCUUGUUGCCCUUUAACCCCGACAUCCAUUACUAAUGUCUUGAGUUGAUCUACCAACAGUAUUGUUAUAGUUUCAAAUUCAUUACUUGUCCCAAAAUGAGGUCUUUAGAGGAAAAGACAGGAAAGAAGGAAUCAGAAAAGGUAAAACACCUCUUGGAUUUGUCUAAAUUCUGCAUUCACCUUUAUUUUUCUCUCCAUUUAUUGACAAAAUAACAGACAACAACAGUGCAUCAUUUUUUGACAAAAACACUUGUUGUGAACAUUUGGGUUUUUUAAUAAUUUAUAACUACCUUCAAAUAACUUUGUUUUCCUAAAGAAAUUGAAUUGAAUGAAUUCAAGUUGUUACUACUUGCUAUUUGCUAUUGAUAUGAAUCCUAAUGUUCCGUUAUGUUGAUUGGUUGUAAUAGGAGGAAAAGGGGUGUGUCUUCCUGUGCACCUUGAAACUGCUAGGCUUUGACGGCAGGCCGACACAAGGUCUACCCUUUUCAUUCCCUUUGACUCUGUUCUGUUCAGCACUUUCUAUUACACCUGCUUCAGUGGGGUACAGACAAGUCAUUAGGGAGGAGGGAGUGGGGUACAGACUGAAGUCAUUAGGGUAGAG